CGCGCCAUCUACCGGGAGCCCCUUGUUCCCGCACUCCAGCAGCCCUCCCCGUCCCUCCUCCCCCACGAAGCGGGUUGCUUCAUUUGCGGCCAUUUUGUCCUCACGCUCACUAAGUUGAUUGGGCUUUCGCGAGCUGUACUGGAGCCAAUCAGAGGGAAAACCGGACAGCGGCGACUACACGAAGGGACGGUCUGGUGUGUUGGUUAAGUUGCGAUGGAGCAGUACACGGCUGCCACCACGGCCACCGGCGAGCAGAUAGUAGUGCAGACUGCCAACGGUCAGAUCCAACCGCAGGCGCAGGGCACAGUGACGGCUGUGCAGCUACAAACGGAGGCGCCCGUGGUGACGGCCUCAGGCCAGCAGGUGCAGACACUCCAGGUAGUGCAGGGGCAGCCUCUGAUGGUCCAGGUGAGCGGCGGGCAGCUCAUUACAUCGUCCGGGCAGCCCAUCAUGGUGCAGGCCAUGUCGGGGGGCCAGGGCCAGACCAUCAUGCAGGUUCCUGUGUCUGGAGCUCAGGGACUCCAACAGAUCCAACUGGUGCAGCCCGGUCAGAUCCAGCUGCAAGGUGGUCAGACUCUGCAACUUCAGGGUCAGCAGGGUCAGGCCCAGCAGAUCAUUAUCCAGCAACCCCAGACGGCCAUCACCGCCGGACAGAGCCAGGGUCAGCAGAUCAGUGUGCAGGGCCAGCAAGUGGCCCAGACAGCCGAUGGACAGACGAUCGUCUACCAGCCAGUUAACGCAGAUGGAACUGUCCUACAGCAAGGAAUGAUCACAAUUCCUGCCGCCAGCUUGGCAGGCGCCCAGAUCGUACAGGCGGGAGGAGCCAGCACCAACACCACCAACAGCCAAGGCACUGUGACCGUCACCCUGCCCGUCUCUGGCAACAUGGUCAAUGCAGGUGGAAUGGUCAUGAUGGUUCCGGGAGGCGGUGCGGUUCCCACAAUGCAACGUAUCCCUCUGCCGGGCGCAGAGAUGCUGGAGGAGGAGCCCCUUUACGUCAACGCCAAGCAGUACCACCGCAUCCUGAAGCGGCGACAGGCGCGAGCCAAGCUGGAGGCCGAGGGCAAGAUCCCCAAAGAAAGAAGGAAAUACCUCCACGAGUCUCGCCACCGUCACGCUAUGCAGCGUAAGCGAGGCGACGGAGGGCGUUUCUUCUCACCCAAGGAAAAGGAAGAAAUGGCGUUGGCGCUGGCGCAGCAACAGCAGGAAGCAGCGGCGCAGGCCGCACCCGACGAGACGGUGGCGCAGAUGAUCCGAGUGUCGUAGCGUCGCCCGGCUGACUCUUGGUGGCGUUUGCUAGCUGCUCUUCUAUUCUACUCUUCACUCUGAGCUUCCGGCCAGCAGUGGCUGCCCCCUUUUCUGGAACAUCUCUUCCUUUUUUUUUUCCUGUCUGAUAUUGAAGAAAUCCUCCCUCUGACCAAACACUUUGUACCUGCUAUUAUUUUCUGCCUGGACUAAAGUUAUGGUUACACCUUCUGGUUUUGUUUUUUUAUAUUUUUCUGUACAGAAGAUGUGCUUCCCUCCGGCCAAACACUCAGCUCCUGCUAUUUAUUUUCUCCCUUGGAUGUAGUUACAUCAAGUCAAACUCUCACUCUCCCCUAUUCAAUGUCAAUAAUGAGUCACGGAUUCAUGUAAAUGGUGCAGCCUUUUUGUGCUUGUAGUUAAUGUAUAUGUUGAGCUCUUCUUUCCUUUGACCCCUAACCACACGCACACAAACAGUUGUGAGAAUAUUGUAUAUUAAUGAUUUUGUUUCCUCCCCAGCUUUUUCAGACACAUUUUAUACAGUGCUGUAGUUGGGAUUUUUAUUUAGUAGAGAACAUGUUCUAGUCGCACAAGUGUUUGAAUUGUUGAUUUUUACUCAUCAAAUCAAACUUUUUUUUUUUUUUUUAUUACAUGAACUGUUUGUAAAAAAAAUUAUUGGUCGAGCACCUGUUAAUUAAACUGCAAUAGGUCA